AUUUUCAUUCGAUAUACCAACAUUUGUGAAUGUAUCACUGCAUUACACUUCGCAUGCAAAUUACAGGAACAAUGGAAAUUAAAAUGGUAAUGAUCCUUAGCAGAGACUAUACUUAUGUAUAUUCCAAUAGGCAAUGUGCUUAGGUGUUCUUUUCUAUCACAAAAAUUAGUUAUAUCAACUGGUCUCUAUCACGAAUAUUACUCGUUUAUACAAACAUUUGCUGCGCGGCGUUAGGGCCUGUAAUCACCUUCAGGUGCGCGCUGCGGACACGGACUCGCAUUAAUCGCUGUCAAUAACGUUAAUUGAAAAGGGAAAAUGCACGUGCGCUGCCGUACAGCAGCAAAGCUGUCUUUCUACAAGCGUGAAACCGCAUUUCCACGAGGCCUGAAAAUGACCUCUACUUACGAAUCCGAAAAACAUCAAUCCAACCAGACUGCAGAUUUGACUGACACAUACAGGGCUUUCCAGUACCCAAAGGUGGCCGUCAGCGUCCUGCUGAUUGGUGACGACGAUGUCGUGCUUAAGACCUCCGGGCUCGUCUGGGAUACCCUGCCCAGGUUCGCAGAGGUCAGGCUGGUGAAGCUUGUGCCCCUGAGUGCUGUCCCAUUUGUGGACCCCCGAAACUUCCAGCUGCUCUUCUUCCACCUGAGCGACUCCAACACGUCAGCAGAGCUCGAAGCCCUCCGCGACCUCAGGGAGAGGAGCUGCAAGCAUUCAGACAGAGCAGUGUGCGUCCUCGUUGUGCCAGAGGCCGGUCCAGACGUUCCAGACAGCGCGGCAGACUUCAUGCUGACCCAGCCAGUCACCGUGGAGACCGUGGAGGAGGUCCUCAGAAGGUGCAGCUUCCUGUCAGAGCAAAGCCAAAAUGACAGCCCCUCUGCCUCUGCAAGCUCCAACACUGCGGUGGGACAAGAACCUGAACCUGAGGCAGCCGAUCAUCAGGCAGAACCAGCGACACCUGUGCAGGAAAGGAGCAGGGCUGAGAGUGUGGCCGGUCCCAGCGGGCCCCUGCCGGAGGGGCCCAGCGCGGAGCUCACCAGCGGGGACCUGCAGGCCUUCCUGCACUCCAAGAAGGAGCAGCAGAGGAGGAUGCAGAUCAGGCAAUGCUGCGAGCGCCUACGCGAGCUGCUGCCGUUCAUCAGGUCCCGGACGGACACGGCGUCCACCCUGGAGCUGACCGUCAAAUACAUGGCCUACCUCCGGCAGCGGCUGCCCCAGGACAUUUUGGAUAAGGUAGUUAAAGCCCUAGAAGAGAAUGGGCCCGAGAGAUGGUACAAACCAACUAAAGCCCCUAAGAAGCGCCGAACGACGUGCCCGGCGAGGAAUAAAACGGCGGACGUGCCGAUCGCAGUCCCGACCGACGCCAGUUUUGCUGAUGAUUUUAUUGCAGCGCACGUUUUGGGGAGACACAUUCAGCCCAAGGUGGAGGGGAUCCAACCCGUUGGCCCGCUCCCUCCGGGCAUGCUGAUGAGCCAGCCCUUCGACCCUCCCCCAGGUCUGACCUUGGUCCCCGGCCUGACCUCGGGCCCGGGUCUGACCUCGGCCCCAGGUCCGAGCUCGGCCUCGGGCUCGAGCGUAGCGCUGGGGCAGGCGUCCGGUCCCUAUGGUCAGGCGUCCGGUCCCUACGGUCAGGCGUCCGGUCCGUACGGUCAGGCGUUCGUAAUGAACCAGGCCUACGGCGAACCAGCAGCGCCGGGGCCCGGCUACGGGCCGCCGGUGUUCUGGAAGCAGGCUUGCGGCCCGGUCUCGUCGGGCGUGGUGAACCAGAACUUCGUCCCGCAGACGGUUCACAACCCGGGUCAUCCCUUCCUCCGGGGGUCAUCCCUUCCUCCGGUUCAGACGCUGAUGGUGGGCCCGGGAUUCCUCCCUCGGGUGGGUCCGGACCCAGGGUAUCCUCCCCCGCCUCCUCGGCAUGUGAUGAUGAACCAGACCUUCGCUCCCCUGGGGUCCCUGAAUGACCCCCGCCCUCCGGGGGUCACCACCAACCUGCCGCCCGCGUGCGCCGCUGCGUCCGGGGGCGUGUCCGACUACGGGCCAAUCACGACGGCGGGCUCGUGGGAGGACCGUCUGCUCACUGAGAUACUUUACGACUCCGCCCCCUCCCAGCCCAGCUUAAGCUCCUCCCACAGUGCCAUCAGAGGGGAUAACCUGCCACAGAGCUCCGCCCCCGUGCACCCGUUCUCCUCUUCCCUGUCCCGUCCACCCCAGUGGGAUUUUGGCUGUGGGAGUGGACCUGUGUACCCCCUUCAGCCGUACUUCCUGGAGAGUUUACCCCCACCCUCCAUCAUCCACCCGAUCCCAGCUCAGAAUGCUACUGGUCCAGGGUCCAUUUAUCCAUUUUUGGGAGAUGUGGGCACCAAUAAACUGUACGGACAGCACUACACAGGACCCACCGACUACCAGAUAAAUUUAAACUGGGGAAAUGGAUCAAGUUAAAGAAGAUGGAUGGCAUGCUCAGGAAGGUCCACAGAAAAGUAAAGUUUAAUUUUAUUUAUUUAUUAUUUAUCUAUUUUUAACUGGUUUUGUUUCAUGCUUUGCAUUUUGUGGCCUAAUUUUGAGAUGGAUUUGUUGUCAUGUACAUUUACAUAAAGCCUGUGAAAUGUCUUCCUGUUAUGUCUUUGUUCAAGCACUGAGGCAUCUUAGUCCAUAUUUGUUCAUUGUAACCUUAUUUUCCUGGUUUGCAAAUGUUUUUCAACAACUAAUGUGUUAUUGGCUUUGAAUCACUGUUUUAUUUAAAGAUUUGGGGGGAAAUUGUUGCUGUCAUAUCAUGAUGUACUGUUGUGUUCCAACAUCUGUUUAGUCUUUGUGCUGUUUUACUGACAACAGAUAUCUGCUGUGGGUCUUAGAUGUAUACUCCAGGACCUGGAAAAUGUAUCUCCCUUUAAUGCACAUUUCUGAAACAAAGCCAUUACAUAUGUGACUUGAAUGAAUCACUUGUUGGAAACUAAAGGGCUAUGGAAGAGC